CCAUGAAGGGAAUGGUUGUGUUGCGUGUGCUCUGAGGCAGCGUAUUUACAAACUUUAUCGUAUUCUGUUUUGAUAGUGGCACCUUCCUUGAAAUCGGUGUCGUAUGACUUAAAAUCAGUUAUGACCGUAUCAAACUAUAUUUAUUGAAUUAUAUUUUUAUUGUGUUGUUUUAUUUUUCGUUCUGUUGUGUUAGUUUUUUUUGGUGUGACCUUGUUUUUGGUCGGCGUGAGUUUUUGUGGACGAUUAUUUUAGAGAUUAUGAUGUCAGUGCGGAUGUACCUGGAAGUCCUAAGUCCUUAGGAUGGAAAGAGUGGAGCCUUGAGCCAGUAAUGAUGCAUACUUCAAUGAUGAUGACCGUGAACUCCCCGCCAGUGCCCCACCGAGACAUCACCGGAGCGUCGACGCCGUCGUACCGAGCCUACCACGAUGACUACACAUCCGUCCCGCGACGCCCGGACAGACCGAUACAGACAGAAAUAGAAACGGAGCGCACCAAAAAGGAUAAAAAAUGGUCAAUUGGAAAACUUUUUAGAAGAAAGAAAAAGGAGGAAGAAAGUGGGUCAUCAUCACAAAGCGAUGAUGAUGUUAGCGGACGGUCACCUAAAAGGAAAUCGAAGAAAAAGAAGCGGGCCCCUCCGGUUAGCAAUUUCGAUCAUAUUGUGAUUAGAGAUACGAGGAGGGCGCAAAGCUUGGCUAAGCCGAAUUUACACGAUGCGACCGAUGACGGAGUAUUAUCUGACCCAUCGGCUGGGUUCAUAAACUACAGAGCUAAAACUCAGAACAUGUGCAGAUUAUCAAAAGAGUCUCUUAGCUUAAAGGAUGACUACAUCGAAAAGACAAGUAGGAUUGGCAGUGAGACCCCGUCGAGAAAAACACGCAAGGGUCGUUUGAAAGCCAGAGUUGAAGCAUUAAGAAACAGUAUGAGAGGUGAAUCAAGUAGCGAUGAGGAAUCCCUAAAAUCUUCUAAUUCUUCCUCUAUGAUCCGUUUUAGGAGUGAAGAUUCUCUAAUGCGGUCUCGUGAUAGCUCACUCAACAAAAAAUCCAGGAGUGCAAGAAAUGAAAGGUAUAUAAAGAGAUUGUCACGUGAUGAAGAAAAUCAAUUAAAUAAAGAGGCUGAGUUAUUGCAACAAGGUUACACAAAAGCUGAAAUCGAAAUGCUUACAAGAACACCGACGAGUCAAAGCAGUGGAUAUGGAACUUGUAAAAGAGAACCAGUAAAUAAAUCUGUACCUGAACCUGCACUGCAUGAACCCAGUAGACAACCUUCAAAGUCAGAAUCAGUAUCAUCAUUUCCUUCUACACAAAGUUACCCAUCAUCUAUAAACUUUAACGCAAAGGUUAAUAACGAACAUAUUAACUAUUCCAUAAAAUAUCCAAGUGUUAACCAUACUCGAGAUUCGCUUUCCGUUAGUAACAACAGAGAAAGAACUCCAUCUAUUAAUAACGAAAAUCCAGAAUCCGUUAUGUAUGUUAAAUUUCCCUUAGGAAAUGUUUCAAAUGUAAAGAAGGAAGAGAGAGCGCCUCCAGUGCCUCCGCCACGAGACAUGCACAGAAAAGUAACAACACCUCUAUCAAUGUACUAUGAAAAUAAUUCCAUAGUGGCUGAUAGAGUUGGAACUAACCAAGUAACCCAUGGUGUACCUAAUAACGAUUUUGAAAGAAUUAUGCGAAGAAGCCAAGAGCGGUCAAUUGGUUAUGGAUUAAACGGUCUUCGCAGACCUCUUUCAAAUUCCGAAGAUCACAUUGCUAUGCAAGAUAACGAAAAUAUACAACAUAUGUCUUAUAGAAGUGAACAACCUCGACGACCGGCAUCAGUCUCUGCUGAGCCUAAUCAUUACGGACUUUACAUAAACUCUCCACCGUGGCGCAAGAAAGUUGAGCAACUUAAUAUAGUUAAACCAGAACCUUUACAGUUACGGCAUGAUUAUUUAUAUUAUGCAGAUCAAAGUCCUAGGUCAAGAAGACCAAUAAGUGUCAAAACUGGUUUAAACGGCGUAGAGAAUCAAUAUUUAAGCGAUUCUCAAACUUCAAAUAAUAUUCCUACUAACAUAACAUAUAGAAAACCUAGAAAUGCAUCAGAAUUUUGGAAGAAAAUAGAUGAUGCCGAAAAGCAAAGACAACAGCAAACAAUAUUUGCUAAUUCCAGAAGCAACAAUGAAUAUUCCAGUAAUUCCCAACUGUACAGACCUGUGACAGAUCAAAAUAAAAUAAUAAGAAGAAACAGUUACAAAAUUGAGAAUUUCGAUAUUCAAAAUAAAAAUAAAUCGAUAGAUCCAUCAGAUGGUGCCAAAAUUUGGAAAGCUACAACGGAAUAUAAAAGAUCUGUUACGGUGGAUCCUCCAAAGCCUGCCACUUCGCCGACCUGUAAAACACAUACUCGACAUAAAUCGGACACGUUUAUUUCCAACAGUUAUCAAGUACCUUCAGAUGACGAGAAAAGUUCUGAACGACGAAAAUCUACAAACCUAGAUGACGCCUUAAAUGAAUUGGAAGCUAUUUAUAAUAGUUUAGGAUUAGGCGAUGAAGAUUUAUUGGAUCGGGCCGAACGCCGUGAAUCAAUGACACCGAAAUUUAACGACCAAUUUAAUGAUUGGAAUGGAAACGGUAAUGAAAUCCAAUUACGAAGUCAACCAACUACACCUUUGAGGCGCAUUUCAAGAAGAUCUACUUUACCAGACAAGUUACAAGACGAUAUGGCAUUUCGUAGAAUGAACUCAUUUUCUAAAAAAGAUAAGCCGAAUACUAAAGAAUCACAGGCUCAAAUUAGUUAUAUGUUGGCAUCGCCUGUAUAUGUUCCCUACGUCUCGGAUGAUGACAAACAUUCAGAACGUAACGAACCAGAUAUUGUUUAUGAUGACGUUGUUUACAGAAAUAUUAAACAGACUAACAAUCGCCUUAAGACUCUUGACCCUCAACCGCCUUUUGGUAUACCCGUUGGACCAGUGUCACCAGCUCCACAGAGUGACUACUUACACGCUACCCCAGAAAAUAAGGGUAGAUCUCGCUUCGUUCCGAAACGAUCACCUGAUAUCGUAUCUGAUGACCUAGCUUACAGAAGUCUUAGAAAAGAUAAUAAACAUACGUCGUUAUUUACUAACGAGGAUCUCACCGGACAAAUUAACAAUAACCAUAGUUAUCAUGAAAGUCUCCAUACUAAAGAAUCUAGUGAAAGCAUCAAAAAGAAACGUGCCAUAAGAUCACUAUCAGCAAAUAUUUUUACAAUGAUUCAGAAAGAAAUUGACGAAGCACUAAGCAUGACCAAAGCGCCCUCUUUGCAAAAGACUCACAGUAACAGUGAAGUUAUGAGACGGCUUCGUGAAACUUAUGAAAAUAAAGAACCGAAACAAGAUUAUUAUCCUCGUAAUAAGGUAAAACAACGUAACAAUACUGUCAAUCUCCUUACUAAUAACCCUCACGUCACUUCUCAUCAUUUUGCAAAAGACGACUCAUUCAUUCACUGUGAUGACAAAAGUUUUGCUAAAUCAUCAUCAUGUGACAAGUCCAAAAGCUCAUCUCCGUCGCACAUAUCGCCACAAUCAUCAAAAAGGUCAUCGAAAGAUGAAUUUCAACAAGUUCUUAGUAUGCUAGCACAAGAAGCUAUGGACACAAGUAAUAAAUUAGGUGUAGCUUUAGCGGAAUUAGAUAAAAAUCGAAAUAAUAGCGAAAAAACAUCGGAUAUUCAGAAUAGAAUUUCUGAAAGUCGUUUGAGUUUCUUGAAUGAACUAACAAACAAAUGUAACGAUAAAUUGGAAAAAGAAGAGAAAAAUUCGACAGCUGUGACUGAGGAUUUUACCCAAAAUCAGAACAACGAACAAGGUGAUGAUGACCUCAUUAAAUCCAAGGCUGAAAAGACAGAAGAUAGUUUAUUUACAAUAUCAAAUCAAAUACAUAAAGUAGAAGACCAACUCAAGUACAGUUUUGAAAAAGAAUUUAACUUUAGUGAUGAAAGCUUGAAGCUUUCUGAUAACAUGAAUAAAAUAGCUGAACCAAUAAAAGCGGAAGAGUGUAUAGUUAUGAAACAAGACAUAAAACCCGCUCCAGACGUGUUUCCUGAAAUACAAAAUGCAACCAAAAUUGAAAGUGAUACUAAAUUUGUCUCUCCUUCACCUUCACAAACAAAUUCCUUAAAUCCAUUUUUGAACCCAACAAAUAAAAUGAAGGAAUUGGAUGAAAUAAAUGCUUUCAAAGAACUGAAAGACGGGAUUUCAGAUUUGAUCGCUGGUAUAUCUGAAGUUAACGAUAAAUUGUUUAUGAAUAAAUGUACCAAACCUGAAGAUGAAAAUAAAACUGGAAUUUCAGGAAUUUCAGAAGCCAGUCGGCGUCUUAAUCAGGUAAAAGGACAUGUAAAUGAUCAAAAUACACCUGAAAGAAAUUCAGUUAACCUCUCAAUUUACGAAAAUGACUUGGUAGAGGUAAAAAAGGACGGUGCGGAUUCAACUGAAUAUAACUCGUCAGAGGAACUUGCAACAAUCUUCAAGUUUGAUGGCAAUAAUAAAUCAAUAAAUACAUUCCCGGACUUGAAUAACGAAACUGCAAAUAAACAACGGGAUGACUUAAAUUCACCCAAGCUUGUGAAGACGAUGAAUCAACAUCUGAGGAGGCUUUCAGUAGAUGAAGGAAAUACUAGUCAAUCUAACGCACUGCCAUCUAACGUAGGUCAAUGGAGAGCUAAGAACCAAAGUAGUAGUUCAGACAGAGAAAAAAGAGAAAGCAAUAAUCCGCAGUCAAAGCGAAACUGGCACGACUCAGGCACGUUGAUGUUAGCUUGCUCUUACACUCUGCUGCUCUCCCAACACCUGGCCGAUAUGGACUGGUUGAUGCUGCUGGGCUUGCUGUUGGCAAUGAUAACCGUCAUAGCUAUGCUAUUAAUUUAAUCUACAUUCAAAACUUUAGUAUAAGGUCUGACGUGCACUAUCAACUUUUCGCUGGACUGCGAAAAUACACAAACGCGCGCCUACCGUAAGAUAGAUCUCACACGAGCAGUGCAGUAGCGGUAAGGCGGCUAUGAUGCGGCACACGCAUCAAGAGGCAAUAUUUUGCAGCAGGCAUCUGUCUAAUAACUAUUUUCUUUACCGACUGUAUUUUUGUUUUAAGAGCAUUAUAUGCAAGAUUUGUGCGUAAUUUUUUUUCUGUUAAAUAUUUCGCUUUCCUCAUUAGUUUGCAUUAAAACACAGCUAUCUGUACUUAAUUUACUUUCUACA